CCCGCGCGUGUGUCUUGACCAGGUGAGCGCGCGCGCAGCCGGCGAGUGACUCUGGGAUCAACCGGGUCCGAGAGAGACACCGUGGGAAUUAUAAAAAGACGGGGAGAUUAAUCCCGUGUUGUCCGUCUGCGAUGAGAGGCGACCAGACCGACGAGGGGGAAAACUCCACGAACUCGCAGAGUGAGAUGCUGAUCAACCAGCUGAGGGAGAUCACUGGCAUCCAGGACCCACAGAUUCUCUACAGAGCCCUGAAUGCCAGUCAGGGCGACGUCGGACAUGCUGUCGGACUGCUCACAGCUCAGCCUGCAGAGGUCCAGGAUCCUGGAGAACCACCGGAGUCAGGGGCCCCUGCAGAGGCCUGGGAGGGCCGCAAGGGGAUCGGUAAAGAUGAGCUGCAGACGGCCAUAGAACUCAGCCUGCAGGAGUCGCACAGUGCCGAGGAGGAGGAGAGAGAAUUCCACAGGGCUCUGGAGGCCAGCGCGGAGGAGAACGCGGCGAGGAUGAAGAGGAAGAGGUGCGAAGCCCAGCAUGAGAUGUGCAGCCCCGCAGACUGGAUCCGUCAGGACGACUGGCCCGUGGGCAUCCGCAACGUCGGCAACACCUGCUGGUUCAGCGCCGUCAUACAGUCACUGUUCCACCUGCCGGUGUUCAGGAGGCUGGUGCUCAGCUACCAUCUGUCCGAGCGACUGCUGGACAAGUGCAAGAGCCACUCGGACAAGAGGAACAUCGCCUUCAUGCAGGAGCUGCGCUGCCUGUUCGCCCUCAUGGUGGGCUCCACCCGCAGGUUUGUCGAUCCCUCCGCCGCCGUGGAGUUACUGCGAGAAGCCUUCAGGACCAGCGAGGCCCAACAGGAUGUCAGUGAGUUUUCCCACAAACUGCUCGACUGGCUCGAGGACGCGUUUCAGCUGGCCGCCAGUGGAAAGAAUGCGGAGGACAAACAGCGAAACCCCAUGGUCCAGCUGUUCUACGGCACCUUUGUGACGGAGAGACGACACGAAGGUAAGACGCUGUGCAACACCGAGCAGUUCGGCCAGUAUCCCCUGCAAGUCAACGGCUUCAACAGCCUGGAUGAAUGCCUGGAAGGUGCCAUGGUCGAGAGGGAGAUUGAAUCGCUGCAUUCGGAUCACAGCAUUACACCCGGCCGCGAGAGAUGGUUCAAAAAGUUACCGCCGGUCCUGACGUUCGAACUGUCCCGGUUUGAAUUCAACACCCAGCUCGGGCGUCCCGAGAAGAUACACAAGAAACUGGAGUUCCCGCAAAUCAUUUACAUGGACAGGUAUCUUCACAAAAACAUAGAAGAUACCCAUGAGAGGAGAGGGGAAGUGAAAAAACUCAAGGAGCAACUCGCGCUCCUUCAACAGAAACUUGAGUGCUACAAAAACUACGGCUCAGGACCCACCAAGUAUCCUCUGGCGGACGUGCUGCAGUUCGUGCUGGAGUUCGCCACCACCAAGCCCACAAGUGUUUCCCCCGCCGAGGACCUGAGGCCGGCUGCAUCUUCACCGACCCCUGCAGGCCACCCGCUCGAAGAACCCGCCUCCAAAGACGACAGUGAACCGGCAGACACGGAUUCAUCCGAGGUCCCCAGCGCGUCGUGUUGCCAGCGGACGCCCAUAUACAAGCCGUUCACCCAGUGCCGACACCACGUGGACUGUCCGCCGCACCCAGCCCCACAUAGCGUCACUGAGGAGGAGCUCCACUUUGUGAAGACCUGCCUGCAGCGCUGGAGGACCGAAGUGGAGAACGACGUGAACGAGCUGAAGGCCAGCAUCGACAGGCUCGGUCAAAAGCUGGAGGGCAUGUACUCAGACGACAGUCUCUGCCAGGUGCCCUACAGGCUGCACGCGGUGCUCGUCCACGAGGGCCAGGCGUCGGCGGGCCACUACUGGGCCUACAUCUACGACCACGCCAACCAGCGCUGGAUGAAGUACAACGACGUGUGCAUCACCGAGUCCUCGUGGGACGAGCUGGAGCGGGACUCGUUUGGGGGCAUUACCAACGCCAGUGCCUACUGCCUGAUGUACAUCGACGACCGGCUACAGAACCUUAUCACAGAAGACACGGAUAACGAGACGGGCCAGGUGCUGCACGGCAUGGACUCCCUGCCGCCCGUCCUCCGGCGCUACGUCAACGAGGACAACCGCUGGUUCCAGCAGGAGCUCAGCGAGUGGGAGGAGCAGUUCUGCAAGACGGCUGCGCCGCAGGGCGAGUCCACCGCGUCCGUGGAGAUCCCCGACGCCGGUCCCGACAACUCGCAGCAAACGCCUGUCGAGCCGGCGCCCCAGUCGGGGCCCUCCGCCGAGGAGCCGGACCAGGGAGCCGCUUCAGAGCCUCAACAACUGGAUCCGGAGGCAGAGAAGGAUCCGGAGCCCGAUACCAGAGAGAAGAAGGAAGAGGAAUCAGAGUUAACACCCCCACCCCCACAGACCCCUGGCCCCCAGCCCGAUGGCGAUGGCGAUGGCGAUGGCGAUGGCGACGGCGACGGCGACGGCGACGGCGAUGACGACGACGACAGCAGCAGUGCAGCCGUCACCGACACCUCGGGGCCAAGUCAGAGCUCCACUUCGGCUGAGGAGGAGCUGCAGAGUCAGACUCCUGGCCCAGAAGCAGAACUUAGUGACCAGGCAACAUCCGACCCCGUUGUGGAAAAGGACGACGCGGAGGUGACGGGCCUCGCCUCUGGAACUAAAGGUGAGCCAGAGGCUUCAGGAGAAGCUCCCGAGCACAAGGCCGAGCAGGGGGACGUGGAGCGGCGGCGGGACGUCCCGGCGGCUCGGCAGCGGCCGGCCGAGAGCGACGUCUCGGAAGUGGACAUCCCCAACGUGGGCCGGAUCAUGGUGCGGGCGGAUGCUGACGGAUACAACGAAGAGAUGAUGCUGACUCCAGCUAUGCAGGGCGUCAUCCUCGCCAUCGCCAAGGCCCGACAAACGUUCGACAAGGAAGGACCCGAGGCCGGACUCAUCAAGGCCUUCCACGAGGAGUACUGCCGCCUGUACGAGCUCUCCCAGGAGGAGACCACGCCCCAGGAGGACGCCCGCCUGCAGCACGCGCUCGUCUACUUCUUCCAGAACAAGGCGCCCAAGCGCGUCAUCGAGAGGACGCUGCUGGAGCAGUUUACGGACCGGAACCUGAGCUUCGACGAGAGGGCCAUCAGCAUCAUGAGGGAGGCUCGAUCCAAGCUGCGCCUCAUCAAGCCGGAGGACAUGGACAUGGAUGAAUACUUGCAGUGGCACGACGACUACAGUCUGUUCAGGACGGUGUUCGUCUACCUGCUGACUGGACUGGAGCAAUACCAACACGGGAAGAUGCGCGAGGCACUGACCUACCUGGCUCAUGCGUACGAGACCAACGCCACGCUGCUGAAGAACGGAGAGCAACGCGGCGUGGACAAGUCUCUCAUCGCAGUUUACAGGAGGAAAUGCCUCACUGCGCUGAACGAAAGCGCAUCGCGGCUGUUUUGCAGCGCCGAGGAGAGCAAGGUGGAGGAGGCCGUCGCCAUCAUGGACGAGGCCGUGAUCCCCUGCCUGCACCUGAUGAGCCGGGACUCGGCUCUGUCCCGGGAAGACGGGGACGCCAUGGAGGGCAUCCGCAGCCACUGGUGCUGCUGCCUGGGACAGGACAUGGACGACUCGUUGCAGGUGAAGCUGGGCGAGUUGCUGCCCAGGGUCCUGGACGGUGCAGCGGAGUCGGUGGUGCUCAAAGACCCCCCCCAAGUCCACGUCAGCCAGGCCCACGACCUGUGCAGUCGCCUGGCCGCCGUCAUGGAGUCCAUCCACAGCACGUCGGUGGUCUCCGUUAAGUAAAAGACCCCCCCCCCCCCCUCCUCCGACGGCACACACUCCCCGCGAGCAACACGGAUGGUGGAUUGUUCCGUACAGUACUGACCUACUGUACGGUUGAGACAUCAAGGAAUUUUUUUCAGCGGGCUAAAUUGUGUUUUCUUGGGGGUUUUUUCUGCUGGUUUGGCGUUGCACAUGAAUAUCGUUUUGAGACGUUAGCAUUAGCGAGCUGCGAGCGCCCACUACUAGGGAUUAAAUAGACGAGCUUUUGAGAAGUUCUCAACGAGCUUUUGAAACUGAAAAAAUGAUCAGUUAUGCGUCCGUAGCGUUCUUCUGAGAGGCCAAGAAAGAAUGUGGCCUCCGCUCGCCCCUCCACCAUUAAGCACCGUCUGCUGUAUGAAUAUGAACAGUAUUAUAGAUCAGCAGCAGGUUAUUGCACAAGGCUGUAACUCUUUACUCCCGUGACCUGCAGAAGCGGCAAACGUAAUAAACAUAAACACUUUUUGCAUCAGAUUCAACAUUAAAUUCACACUUCAUCAUUUGGUGCCGUCUCCUGAGAUUCUCCCACAUUGCUCACAGACUCAAUUAUGAUUUUUUUUUUCUCUCCUUACUGCUGAACUGUUUAGAUUGACUGUACGUUACUUUACCCGGCUUCUUUUCUGAUCGAUGGAUUAUCCAUGAAACCGACCUGCUGAACAUGAAACAACAUCGCAUGGGCAGAGCAAUGAAAGAGAAGAAAAAAAGUUCACCUAUGGACAUAAUGUUUUUACUGAAAUCGUUAACUUUAGAUACUGGCAACGGCUCGACUGUCACACUCUGCAGGGGAGUGAGUAGAUUGUUGAUUUGCUGAUUGUGUCGCUACGCACGGCGAAGCCUUCAUACAGGGCUGAAGGGGGGGAAAAAAGAAAACACUUCAUGUGUACUGCACAGUAACAAAUACUAUUUGUAAGCUUUUUAAAAAAAAUCUAUAUUUUAUAUUACUUUGUAUUUUUGCAAAACGGACUCCAGAACGUUUCACGUGAAGGUGAAUUUCAGCAGCAUAUUUGCAGAAUUCAGCGGCGUAUGAAACGGUAUCAAUAGACGGAUGUUCUGUACACUCAGAGCUCGGUGUGUCCGCGGACUGGAUCGAAGAGUAAGUGGCAGCUCCUCUUUGCGCGUCCCGUCGGGGACGCCACCUCGCAUACGCACAUGUGCCCUAACCUGCCGCCGCUGAAUUGGUUCUCUGUGAAACCACGUCCCGUCCUUUGAAAGGAGACAGACGUGGGACGGCGGGAGAUGAAGAGAUGUUCUUCUCGCGGCGUGACUCAAUCCCCCGAAUCUGAAUUUUUCCGGGCCGGGCGACGUUGAGCUCCUGCAACGGGCCGUUUGUGGCCGCUGAGUUUUCACACCGGCUUUUCACUUGAUGUCUGUGAUGAUAGUCAAUAAAUGAAUGUUUUAAAUA